UUGUUGUAGUUUCUGAAUUUUUUUUAUAUUUCAUAGCGGGAGGCCGGGAGCAAAAUGGGCAAAGGAAAAGGAGCCCAGGUGGCCUCGGUGGGUUGGGUUAGUUGACUUGACGACCCCGCCAAAGCGAAGCGACCCGAUCAAAAAUCAAACACAGCCUGGGUGUGUGGGGCCUGCACGGCAGCCUGUGGAAUCGGGCGGAGAAGACCGGGCCAGGUCGGCGUCGGCGGCUCCUCUCCUCUCCUUCCUCCUCCUUCACCUUGCUGUUCAACGCCGCACGCCGGGACCGGGAGCCGAGCUCGUCUCGAAAUCCUCGCGCUCGUUUUCCCGCAAGGUCGCCGCCGCUGCCCCUCUCCGUCCUCGCCGCCGCCGCCCGCUGAUUGAUUGAAGCUGAUUGAUUGCCGUGCUCAAGCUCAACAAUGGACGUCCCAUCCCUGACCCUGAUCCCUUCAAAGGCUAGCUGCUACUAGUGCUGUCUGUGCUAGGCCCCCCUCAUCAUCCGCUAGUUGGUGGUCACCUCAUCAUCCAUAUCCAUGAGCUUGUUUGUUGUUUUGGCAGAAAAACCGUCAGACAAGAAGACAGAGAUCGAUCGAUCGAUCGUUGGAAUUGAAUUGAAUUCCAAGUCGAAGAAGAUAGAUGGCGGAUUUCGGUGGCGGCGACAGCGAGCUGGAGGAGCAAUCCAAUGAGGGGUACCAGGAGCCGGCGUUCGAGGCCUUCAUGUGCCCUCUCACCAAGCAGGUGAUGCACGACCCCGUGACGAUCGAGACCGGGCAGACCUUCGAGCGGGAGGCCAUCCUCAAGUGGUUCAGGGAGUGCAGGGACAGCGGGAGGAAGCCGACGUGCCCGCUCACGCAGGCGGAGCUGCGCAGCACCGACAUCAGCCCCAGCAUCGCCCUGCGCAACGUCAUCGACGAGUGGAGGGCAAGGAACGAGGACAAGGAGCUGGACAAGGCCUUCGCCUCCCUCAGUCUCACCACCACACAGCAUGCUCAAGACGACGCCGACACCCUGCGCGCACUCCUCUACGUCUCCCAAAUGUGCCACAGGAGCGCCGCCAAGAAGACCCUCGUGCGCAGGCAAGGCGUCAUACCCACCAUCACUGACCUGCUCAAGAGCAGCAGCAGAAGGGUUCGCCUCAAGGCCCUCGAAGUCCUUCGUCUCAUCGUCGAGGACAACGACGAAAAUAAGGAAGAGCUGGGGAAAGGUGACACCAUACGCACCAUCAUCAAGUUCCUGUCCAAUGAGAAUUUCCAAGAGAGGGAGCUUGCAGUUUCGCUAUUGUACGAGCUCUCAAAGCUCGAUCCUAUAUGCGAAAGGAUCGGCGCAAUCUACGGGGCCAUACUCCUACUGGUUGGGAUGGCAAGCAGCAAAUCAGAGAAUGGUGUGGCUGUGGAGAAAGCCGAGAACACGCUCAAGAAUCUGGACAAGUACGAAACAAACGUCAAGCAAAUGGCUGAGAACGGCAGGCUUCAGCCUCUGCUUACAAAACUUAUUCAAGGCACACCUCAAGUUCAGGUCGCCAUGGCUGAAUACCUCGGCGAGCUUGCGUUGGCGAACGACGUGAAGGUGGUGGUGGCAGAGCAGGUCGGGGCUCUGCUCGUGAGCAUCUUGAAGACGGGCAGCCUUCCGGCAAGAGAGGCCACGCUCAAAGCCCUGAGGGAGAUAUCGUCAAACGAGUCCAGCGCCAAGAUCCUGCUCCAGGCGGGCAUCCUGCCGCCGCUGGUGAAGGACCUCUUCUCCUUGGGCGCCGGCCACCUGCCGAUGAGGCUCAAGGAGGUGUCGGCCGCGAUCCUGGCCAACCUGGUGGCGUCGGGCGCCAGCUUCCGGUCCAUCCCGCUGGACGAGAGCGGGGAGACGCUGCUGUCGGAGGAGAUGGUGCACAGCCUGCUGCACCUCAUCAGCAACACCGGGCCGGCCAUCGAGUGCAAGCUCCUCAACGUCCUCGUGGGGCUCACCGGCUCCCCGUCCACGGUGGCCGACGUGGUCUCCGCCAUCCGCAGCUCCGGGGCCACCAUCAGCCUGAUCCAGUUCGUGGAGGCCGCGCACCGGGAGAUCCGCGUGGAGUCCCUCAAGCUGCUGCGCAACGUGUCGCCGUACAUGGGCGCGGAGCUAGCGGACGCCCUCGGCCUCGGAGGCAGCACCGGCCACCUGGGCAGCCUGCUGGGGGUGAUCACCGUCACCGAAGACCACCGGAGCGGCGUGACGGAGGAGCAGGCGGCGGCCGUGGCUCUGCUGGGCGACCUCCCCGAGAGGGACUGGAACCUGACGCGGCAGCUGCAGGAGCUGGGCGCGUUCCGGGCGCUGGCGACGAAGCUGGUGGAGCUCCGGCGGGGCACGAUCCGCGGCAACCGGCACGUGGCGCCCUUCACGGAGGGGGCGGUGAAGGUGCUGUACAGGGUGACGUGCGCGCUGCAGCUGCAGCUGCAGGAAGAGGAGGCGGCGGAGGUGUACGUGGAGCUGGCGCGGGAGGUGGGCCUGGCGCCGCUCUUCGUGGAGCUGCUGCAGCAGCAGAUGAGCAGCGGGCAGGACGCCGUGCUGCUCUACUCGGCCAUGGCGCUGGAGAACCUGUCGCUGCAGUCGGCGAGGCUCACGGACGUGCCGGAGCCGCCGCCGCCGCCUGGGAGCCUCCUCAUGUGCGGGUGCUUCGGGGGCCCCAGGCACAGGCACGGGCACGGCAAGCAGCCGCAGCCGCAGCUGCCCGGGGCCAUGGGGACGUGCCGCGUCCACGGCGGCUUCUGCUCGCUGCGGGAGACGUUCUGCCUGGCGGAGAGCGGGUGCAAGGCGGUGGAGCGGCUGGUGGCGUGCCUGGAGCACGCGGAUGACCGCGUGGUGGAGGCGGCGCUGGCGGCCUUGUCCACGCUGGUGGGGGACGGCGUGGCCAACGCGACGGAGGGGGUGCUGGUGGUCGGGGAGGCGGAGGGGCUGCGCCCCGUGGUGGAGGUGCUGGUGGAGAACCGGACGGAGGCGCUGCAGCGGCGGGCGGUGUGGGCCGUGGAGCGCAUCCUGCGCGUCGAGGACAUCGCGCUGGAGGUGGCUGCUGACCAGACCGUGGCCUCCGCGCUCGUGGAGGCCUACCGCAACGGCGACGUCCGCACCCGGCAGACGGCGGAGCGCGCGCUCCGCCACCUGGACAGGAUCCCCAACUUCUCCAGCGCCUUCCACCAGGCCAAAGGCAGGGCAUGAAUCAACUUCUUCCUCCAUUUGUUGAUUGAUUUGCCAAACCAGACUGAGUGUCUGUGUACGCUGAUAUAUAUAAAUUGUGUAUGUAUGCAUAUAUGUCCAUGGCGCAUGCACAUUCAUUUUGUUGAUCCGUGCGUCUUUGUGUUUAUAAAACCACCAUUCCAUU